GGCGGCGGCGGGUGGGGAGCGGCGGUACCGGUACCUCCACGAUGCCAGGGAGCCUCUCCACGGCCCUGCGUGUCGUGGGGACCAGCCUCUUUGCCGUGGCAGUGCUGGGGGGAAUCCUGGCUGCCUACGUCACAGGGUACCAGUUCAUCCAUACGGAGAAGCACUACCUCUCCUUUGGACUCUACGGGGCCAUCCUGGGGCUGCAUCUCUUCAUCCAGAGCCUCUUUGCCUUCCUGGAGCACCGGCGCAUGCGGGACGAGGGGCAACCGGUGCGGCCGGGGCGCUCCGUGGCCCUUUGCAUUGCUGCCUUCCAGGAGGAUCCCGACUACCUGACGAAGUGCCUGCGUUCUGUCAAGCGCAUCGCCUUCCCUGACCUCAAAGUGGUGAUGGUGGUGGAUGGAAACGGCCCUGAUGACACCUACAUGCUGGACAUCUUCCAUGACGUGAUGGGCUCCGAGCACUCAGGCAGCUACAUCUGGAGGAGCAACUUCCACGCGCAGGGCGAGGGAGAGACAGAGGCCGGGCUGCAGGAAGGGCUGGCCCGUGUCCAGGCGCUGGUGCGCAGCAACACCUACUCCUGCAUCCUCCAGAAGUGGGGCGGGAAGCGGGAGGUGAUGUACACGGCCUUCCGGGCGCUCGGAGACUCUGUGGACUACAUCCAGGUGUGUGACUCAGACACGGUGCUGGACCCCGCCUGCACUGCCGAGAUGCUCCGCAUUCUGGAGGCCGACCCCCGUGUUGGCGGCGUUGGUGGCGAUGUGCAGAUCCUGAACAAGUACGACUCAUGGCUCUCCUUCCUGAGCAGCGUGCGGUACUGGAUGGCCUUCAACGUGGAGCGUGCGUGCCAGUCGUACUUCGGGUGCGUGCAGUGCAUCAGCGGCCCCCUGGGCAUGUACCGCAACGCCCUCCUGCAGCAGUUCCUUGAGGACUGGUACCACCAGACCUUCCUGGGCAGCAAGUGCAGCUUCGGGGACGACCGGCACCUCACCAACCGUGUGCUCAGCCUGGGCUACCGGACCAAGUACACAGCUCGCUCCAAGUGCCUGACGGAGACACCCACGCGGUACCUGCGCUGGCUCAACCAGCAGACCCGCUGGAGCAAGUCCUACUUUCGUGAGUGGCUCUACAAUGCACUGUGGUUCCACAAGCACCACCUCUGGAUGACCUAUGAGUCGGUGGUCACUGGGUUCUUCCCCUUCUUCCUCAUUGCCACCGUCAUCCAGCUCUUCUACCGCGGUCGCAUCUGGAACAUCCUCCUGUUCCUGCUGACGGUGCAGCUGGUGGGUGUCAUCAAGGCCACCUACGCCUGCUUCCUGCGUGGUAAUGCUGAGAUGAUCUUCAUGUCCCUCUACGCCCUCCUCUACAUGUCCAGCCUGCUGCCCGCCAAGAUCUUUGCCAUCGCCACCAUCAACAAGUCGGGCUGGGGAACCUCAGGGCGCCGCACCAUUGUGGUGAACUUUGUGGGGCUGCUGCCAGUGUCGGUGUGGGUGGCAGUGCUGCUGGGUGGGCUGGCCUACACCGCCUACAGCCAGGACCUCUUCAGCGAGACUGAGGUGGUCUUCCUCAUUUCAGGUGCCAUCCUCUACGCCUGCUACUGGGUGGCCCUGCUCACCCUCUACCUGGCCAUCGUCGCCCGCCGCUGUGGCAAGCGGGAGGAGCAGUGUGGGCUGGCCUUCACUGAGGUCUGACUGCAGGGUGGUGCCACAUGCCGGGGGGUUCCUGUGUGCCAGAGCAAUCAUCCCCAGUCCCCUCUUCCCCCAUCCUGGAGCUGGGAUGGUAGAAGUGCCAGGUGCUGGGGUGUCCCUGUGUGCCAGAGCAACCACCUCAGAUCCCCUCUUCCCCCAUCCUGGAGCCACCAGGUGCUGGGCAGUGCCAGGAUAACUACCCCCAGUCCCCUUUCCCAUCCCAGAGCCAACGGGCAGCGCUGAGCGCUCCCACCCCUUGGCAUUUCUCAGCAAAUCUAGAAAUCUUGCUAAUUUUUUUAUUAAUAUGUUUAUUUUUUCCCUAUCAUUUCUCCAUCCCAAGCUGGCUGUGGAGAAGCUGAGCCAGGGCUGCCCAUCACCCAGCUGGGUGCCGCUGGCCACAUCCCUGCUGUGCCCUAUGGAGCAUCCUGGUGCC